AUAAAAUUUCAGCCCGAGCUAGACUCGAGCGUACAAAAUUUGAAAGUACAUGAAAGUUUGGUUAUUUGAUUUGGAGCGAGAUGAGCGCAGCUGGUGAGCGGUGGAAGCGCUUAGCGCAGGAGCGGCGGAGCAGGGGAGGCAACGGGUUCGAGGCGCUGGACGAGUGGACACCGCCCAGGCCGUACGAGGUGAUGCGGCGACAGAAUUGCAAGACUGCCAAGUACCGUGCGGCUGAGACAUAUCCGAGCAUCCGUCCGCCAGUGUCGAGGUGCAGUCGGGCACAGACCAUCGCCUGGCUGGCGGACUCCAUCGAGGCGGAUGGCUGCGGGCGGCCCUACGACAUGACCAACGAUGACAUCCUCAAAAUGUGGCACCAGAGUCCGCACAAGAACACUUUGGGCUACUACGGCGUGGAGUCGCAGGAGCCGCAGUCAGAGGUGGAGAAUUUCAAUAAACAAAUCAGGAAGAGCCUCGAAAUGGCCAACGGUCCGAAGCGGCGCACAAAGCAAUCACGAGCGGCGGGACCCAGGACACUGCCGAGCGUUGGCACGAAGAAGCAGACGACGACGCCUGGGUCCUGCCUGCCGCUGGGCUGCGGUCUGCCAUUUGUUCUCAAUCGCGAGGCCAUCAAAGCGGUGAUCCAGAAGAUGCCGACAGUCAAGCGGAAGCUGUCGCCCAGCCACACCUACGCGACGGUUUACUGCAACAAGCCGCAGGAUCCCAUCGAUCCUUUUGGUGUCAUGCAGGAGCAGCAGCCACAACCCGAAGUAGAGAAGGAGAAGCAGAAGCGACGCCAGUAUCCAUACUGCGGCUGGAGGUGCAAUCAGCCGCAGAAUCAGUGCACGGAUUACGAGUGGAAAAAGUACAAGCUGGAUCCGAGACCCAUCGAUGAGGCCUUCAAACGGGGGCAGGCGGCACAGGAGCAGCAGCCAAGGGAGCCCGAGCCACGGAACUACGACGAGCUGUUCAGCCGCCUGGUCACCUGCUUCGAGACCCUGCCGCUGGAGGAUCCCUUGUGCAAGGACUACGCCGAAUGCUGCUUACCCAAAAGAUGCGAGGAGGAUGGCCCUGGAGCACCAGGCGGCGCCACAACGGAUGAAGGUGGUGACAAGGGCGUUGGCGGGGAGACACCUGGACAGCCCACAGGUGAAGGGUAUAAGCCAGGAGACAAACCCAUGCAUGGACACAAGCAUGGAUAUGGUGAGACGCCGUCAGGCGAUGGCGAUAAACUAGAAGAUGGUGGAAAACCCGGAGAAGGCAGCGGCACAGGUGACGGAGAUGGUGGCAAGCCCGGCGGCAAAAAAGACAAACCGGGCGGUGACCUUGGCAAACCAAAAGGUGACCCCAACGAUCCAAAAGGUGGCAAAAAUAAGCCAAAUGGUGACCCCAACGAUGCAAGUGGCGGCGAAAAGAAGAAGGGCAAGAAGGAGAAGCCCGAGAAAGAAAAACCCGAAAAAGAAAAGGUUCUAGAACCACCAGAGAAGCCAAGACCGCCGCCCAAUCGGCCCAUGGAGGCAGAGCCAGAGCCAGCGGUGGACGAAGAUGAGGAAUCCAAGCACGAACCUGAAGAGCCAACGAAAAAGCCAGCGGGGGAGAAAAAGGAUAACGAAAAGGACAAAGAGAAAGGGAAGGACAAGCCAGCGGAUAAGACAAAGCUACCGGGGGAUCCGGAUGCGCCCAAGAAGCCAGACGGCAAGGACAAGCCUAAGCGACCAAUGGAACCGAUGGAGAAACCCAAGCGACCCAUGGAGAAGGAGCCGCCGCCAGUGGGAACCUCUGAGCCGGAAUGCGAUCCCAACGAUCCCAAUUGUGGCACAGGCAAACCCCAGUGUCCGCCCAACGAUCCGCUGUGCAGCGUGUCGGAGGAACCUGGGGAUGGUCUGGAACAUCCACAUGAUGGACAACCACCCAUUGUGCCAGUGCCUCAGCAACCGUCAGAGCAGCCAGACAUGCCACCGCCUGGCAUCGAGGAUCAGGCACCGCCUGGAGCUGAUGGCGAUGGUGGGGAACCCGAACAGCCACCGGAGAAGCCUAAGCCGGAGCAGGACAAGUGUCCGCCGUGUCCCUGCGACAUGUGUGAGUUUCUGCGGCGCCACAAGCCACCCGACUCACCGCUGAUGCGCAAGUUGCAGCGCCAGGACAAGCUGCGCCAGCAGCGGGAAUACUACAAGCAAAUGUGCCACCGCCAGUACAUGGAGUGCCGCACGCCCGAGUAUCCUGCCCCACAGCACAAGUGCGACCCGAUUGUCUGCGACAAUGCCUUCUGCCGCAACCCCAAGCUCGGGGAGUACUGCGAGUGCCUCAAGGCCAUGCAGGACCUGCAGCAGCUGCUUGGCAAGAAGCAUCGAAUCGUCGGCAAUCAGCUGCUGUUCGACCUGGAGGACCUAAAGAGUCGCCUCUGCAAGCGAAUGUGUGAUUGUCUCUAAGUUUGUUUCUCUGUAAUUUCUAAGAAGUGUAUGUCUAAUGUUCGGUAUG